AACAACAUAUACGGAUGGUCACGUAAUGAUAAGAAGCGCAAUUAGCAACUGGGAAUGCAGAACUCUUCAAGCAUUGAUGGAGGCAAUGGCAUUCCUAUAGUGUACGUUGUAUUCUGAGUGACAAUUUCCUUAACUAAGGGGCAGCAUUUUACCGAGAUUCAAGACUGGGAAAUAUUAAGACUGGCUCUCUGAAUAGGAUCUAUAAGAUUAUAAAGAGCACUAGGGCGCUAAAUUCCCGCCAAAGGUCAUAGCCUGACAAGCACAGAACAAUACAUCGGUACACCUUUUAUAAACGUCUACGGAGAGAACCAGAUAUGGUACAGAAAGAGUAUUUUUGACAUCAGCUAGCCUGGUUAGAAGCCUCUCGAUGGAGUGAAACUUCAAAAUGCAAGGAACGCUGGGAAUUAUUUUGUCCAUCAGUCUAGCUGGAACGCUCCUAGCAGCAAUUAUAGCAGUCCUUGCGGUUAAGUGCUAUUUUAAUUGGAAAAGGCAGCACAAGAAAGAGCGGCGUUUAGCCGAAGGGGGCGUUCAGCAGCUGGUAGUGUCAUCACAACCGGUUGAUUUUAUCCCGCUAUUGAUUCAAGACAGACUUGAGGAGGAGGAAGAAGAUGAUGAAUUUGACAGUGCGUUUAUAAAUUGCUACCCUAGUGGAGCAUCUACUGAAGAUGUUAACUGUGGUCAAGCAAACACUCAAACAAACUGGAAGGAAGCAAAGAUCCACCCUCCUCUUCAAAGGUUAAACUCCGCAUCAUGUGUGCUGGAUAGAUAUGGUCAGCGGGUAACUGUCCUUAGUAAGCCACAACGAACAAAUAGAGGGGAGUCCCUGUUCUUUGAGGACAGCGACGAAUCGUUUGUGCGGAGAUGUUUUUCAGCUGCUAGCUCUUAUUCAAGGACACGAAAAGAUUCCACGGGUCUUGGCUCCCGAUCAGAGAGCGCAAAUAGUUUAUCACAUGAUUCCCUGGAUGGUGACUCAACGAAAAAUGAAUCAUUCUCGCGGAGAUGUUACUCAGCUGUCAGUUCUUAUUCAAAACCAAGGAAAGGUUCGAUCAGUCUUCGUUCUCGCUCUGAGAGCAACAACAGUUUGUCACGUGAGUCCCUGGAUGGUGACUCGACACUUCCGGAUCCUACACCGCACAUGCGCAAAUCAGUUGUAUCCACGGUGGACAAAAACGCACCCCGAUCAAAGGUGGAGAAACACAGAAGACACAGCACAAGUAAAAUUACCUACACCAACAAGCCAGCUAGGAAAAACUCACGAAUACCACAAAACCGUGGCCACGUGGUCUUUAAAAUGACUUACCAGGCAGACCAGCAUACUCUUGAGGUGCAUUUAAUCCACUCCACAGAGCUACCAAUCAGACAUGGUCGCUUGUUGAACGCAUUGGCACGGCUAUCGCUCAAAACGUCUUCUAAACGCCAGCGAUUUCAGAGCAAAGUGCACAAGAAAACCUGCAACCCGAUAUUCGACGAAAAAUUCAUUUUCGACGGUGUUUAUAUCUCCGAGUUUCAACAAGCGCGACUGAAGAUUAAGCUUCUAGACCGGCUUGGCGUUUCUAGGUGUGAGCCGAUUGGAGAGGCCCUGAUUGCUCUAGCCGACGAAAGCAUAACAUGGGGAGAAAAUGUGACCCGGAGUCUACAAGAGAAAGCUGGGAGAAAACAGUGUGCUGGCGAACUCCAGGUGUCCCUGUGUCACGAGGCCACUUCGUCGUGUCUCAAGGUCAAAGUCAUGAAAAUUAAAGAUCUCCCAAAGUCAAUCAAAAGUCAUUUCGUCGCUGUCGAACUCACGUACAAGGACGAAAUCCUGAAUAAAUAUCAAACAAAAACCAAAAAGAAAAACCUAGUUUUUGAUGAAGAAUUCAGUUUUGAGGUCGCCACGAACAGCUCAUGUACACUUGAGAACUUUGGAGUGCAGUUUACUGUCUUUCAGCAUGACUUUAUACGUGGAAACGAGGUCUUAGGUCACGUGAGACUGGGAAUGGACGCGCCGUUACAGUCGGAAGUGGUGCACUGGAAAGCAGUGGUAUUAUCUCCACAUAAGCCAAUCGCAGAAUGGCACAAACUACAUCGGCCUCUUUGUAGCUGAACCAGAUGAGGCCUUAACGUUUUAAGCUAAGAUCGCAAGGAAACUUUCAGUGUGUGAUGAACGAAGAAAAAAAAAUGACCUGUACAUAUAUCUAUUAUGCAUAGAAAAUAGCAUUUGACAGCACUACUUAAAUUUAUAAAUAGUUUUUUUUGGUUUCCCUUGAGUUGCAAAGACACCUACAGUAUUCGACCAAUUAGAGGUGGUAUUUUUUUACGGGAUAUAUUUUUAUGGUGAAGCGAUAUUUUCUCCCUGAAAUCAGAUAAUUUAAUUUGCGUUUAGAUGUCAAAAUUGAAUGCCGUUCACUUCGGCAUUAUUAGUGAUUUACUCAACGCAAAGAACAGGGAGCUCGAAAUUUCCUUCUUCUGUCAGUGGAAGUGAACUCCAGUGACAUGUAUGUUCCCGUGAUAACUGAUUACCAGCGGAAUAGCAAACUUUCCUUUAUAAUUUAAGAAAAUGAAAUCAAUAAACUGUAUUUUGUCUUCUUUA